AUGGGCGCUUUACUAUCCAUUCCCCUCCUUACGGGUGGCCUGGGAACCCUCGCAGGUUCAUUCGCAUCCGGCUGUAUGGUCUGCAUGGGUGGCACCGCCGCUUCUGCCUUCUUCAAGUCGUGCAACUGCAACUCCUCUAUCGCCACCCGCGUUGGGUUUGGCCUCAUAUUCGCCCUGUCGUCGAUGCUGGCAUACUUGUCCAAGACAGAUAUUGCGAUUCGCCAGCUGGAGAAGUUGAGCUGGGAUUGGAUCAAGAUGGAUUGCUCGGGCGGAAAGUGCUAUGGGCUUCUGGCUACCCACCGAUUCUGUUUCGCUUUGGUCCUUUUCCACUUGUUCCUGUCAGCCCUCCUUAUCGGUGUGCGAUCUACCAAGGCUAAACGAGCUGCUCUUCAGAACGGCUGGUGGGGUCCCAAGCUCCUAUCCUAUUUCCUCCUUUGUUUCCUCUCCUUCCUCAUUCCCAACGAGUUCUUCAUGGCAUACGGCUCCUACAUCGCUCCUAUUGGCGCCUUCUUCUUCAUCUUGAUCGGCCUCGUCCUCCUCGUCGACUUUGCGCACACAUGGUCCGAGACAUGUCUGGACAAUUGGGAGCGAAGCAAUUCCAAUCUGUGGCAGUUUAUCUUGGUCGGCUCGACCUUUGGUAUGUUUGCUGCUACCAUCACCGUUACCACUCUCCUCUACGUCUUCUUUGCCGGAUCAGGAUGCGGUACCAAUACAUUCUUCAUCACCUUCAACCUCAUCCUCUCCGUCCUCGUCACUGUCAUCGCCAUCUCUCACCCUGUGCAAGAAGCCAACCCCAAAUCCGGGCUCACCCAGGCGUCCAUGGUGGCUGCCUAUUGCACAUACCUCACCUCUUCUGCCGUAGUCAACCAUACCGACUCGGCUGGCGGCAAGUGUAAUCCACUGCAUGCUCGGGGCGGAACAGAGACGACCACUCUCCUGAUCGGCGCGCUCUUCACCUUCCUCGCUAUCGCCUAUUCUACUUCCCGCGCUGCCACCCAGUCCACCGCACUCGUGGGAAAAGGCCACCGUGCCGGCGCUGGCGGCGCUAUCGCCCUUCCGAAUGACGUAGAGGACGAGGGGGAGGUCCGGCUGGUGACCAAUCAGCCCAAGGGUAGGAAGGAUGAGAUGCGGUAUCAGGCGAUAUUGGCGGCUGUCAACGCGGGGUCGCUACCGGCAAGUGUGUUGGAUGAGCCGGAGGACGAUGAGGAUGAGAUCGAGGCGGCUAUGGGAGAAGAGAGGGAUGAUGAGCGUGCGGGAACAAAGUAUAAUUAUUCUUGGUUCCACAUCAUUUUUGCCAUAGCCGCCAUGUACGUCGCCGGUUUGUUGACCGACUGGGCGAUCAUAUCUACCUCGCCCGUCGCGCACCCCACCGAGCCCCAAUCUGCGGGACUCGCAUUGGGGGCGUUCAACGAGCCCGACGUCUUCAUCGGCAGGUCGGAGACGACCAUGUGGAUGAGGAUCGUUAGUAGCUGGCUUUGUUUUGCGCUGUACACCUGGAGCCUGAUUGGGCCUGUGGUCAUGCCAGAUCGGUUCGGGGACCUAUAG